GUAACUACAUCAACUCAUAAAGUGCAGUAUAUCAUGGCUUGCAAAGCUUUAAAAGAAGUAGUAUGGCUAUGCUCGCUACUCAGUGCAAUAUCAAGAACACAGAAAGUGCCUCUCCCUUUACUAUGUGAUAACAAUGGCACUAUUACUCUUAGUGACAACCUAUCAUUUCAUGCAUGA